AUGCUAUCAAAAAACUUGUAUGGUAAUAGGAAAUUGCUAUCCUCAACGAAUACGCUAAUCAGAUUCGCUUCCACCAGAUCGACGGGCGUGGAAAACUCGGGGGCUGGCCCUACAUCAUUUAAGACAAUGAAAGUCAUUGACCCUCAGCACAGCGACAAGCCAAACGUACUGAUAUUGGGUUCAGGAUGGGGUGCUAUUUCCUUUUUAAAGCAUAUCGACACUAAGAAGUACAAUGUCUCCAUCAUCUCUCCCAGAAGUUACUUCUUAUUUACGCCGUUACUGCCUUCUGCACCAGUUGGAACAGUAGAUGAAAAGUCAAUUAUUGAGCCUAUCGUUAACUUUGCUCUCAAAAAAAAGGGGAAUGUUACCUACUACGAGGCGGAAGCGACUUCUAUCAAUCCCGACAGAAAUACUGUCACUAUAAAAUCAUUGUCCACCGUCAGUCAGCUAUACCAACCUGAAAAUCAUUUAGGGCUGCAGCAGGCGGAACCUGCUGAGAUUAAGUACGAUUAUUUGAUCAGUGCUGUGGGUGCAGAGCCUAACACAUUUGGUAUUCCUGGGGUCACGGAUUACGGUCAUUUUUUGAAGGAAAUUCCUAACUCUUUGGAAAUAAGAAAGACUUUCGCAGCCAAUUUGGAGAAGGCUAAUUUAUUGCCCAAGGGCGACCCUGAAAGAAAAAGAUUACUGUCCAUUGUCGUGGUUGGUGGUGGGCCUACCGGUGUGGAGGCCGCUGGUGAGUUACAGGAUUAUGUUCACCAGGACCUGAAGAAAUUCCUUCCUGCUUUGGCAGAAGAAGUCCAGAUCCAUUUGGUCGAAGCUUUACCUAUCGUUUUGAAUAUGUUUGAGAAAAAGCUUUCAUCCUAUGCGCAAUCCCAUUUGGAAAAUACAUCGAUCAAAGUGCAUUUGAGAACGGCUGUCGCAAAAGUGGAAGAAAAGCAGUUAUUGGCAAAGACCAAACACGAGGAUGGGAAAAUAACUGAAGAAACCAUUCCAUACGGCACUUUGAUUUGGGCUACCGGUAACAAGGCAAGACCUGUCAUUACAGACCUUUUCAAGAAAAUUACUGAGCAAAACUCGUCAAAAAGAGGAUUAGCAGUAAACAACUUUCUGCAAGUAAAAGGCAGCAAUAACAUCUUUGCUAUUGGUGACAAUGCAUUUGCUGGGCUACCCCCAACUGCCCAAGUGGCACAUCAAGAGGCUGAAUAUUUAGCCAAAAAUUUCGAUAAAAUGGCUCAAAUACCAAACUUCCAACAAAACCUUUCUUCAAGAAAAGAUAAAAUUGAUCUUCUAUUCGAAGAAAACAACUUCAAGCCUUUCAAAUACAACGAUUUAGGGGCAUUAGCAUACCUUGGUUCAGAAAGGGCCAUUGCGACCAUCCGUUCCGGUAAGAGAACAUUUUACACCGGUGGAGGUUUGAUGACGUUUUACCUAUGGAGAAUCUUAUAUUUGUCAAUGAUCCUAUCCGCUAGGUCGAGAUUAAAGGUCUUUUUCGAUUGGAUCAAAUUAGCAUUCUUCAAAAGAGAUUUCUUUAAAGGAUUAUAG